AUGGUGGCGGCCGGGAGCAACGUGCUGCGACUUCAGGGGCUUCCAUUUUCAGCUUCUAGGAAGGAUCUGGAGCAGUUCUUUGCAGGUUAUGGAUUGACUGGAAAGGUGCAUCUACAGGCUGAUGCCUUCGGUCAAGCUACGGGCAUUGGAUUCGUUGAGUUUCUAUCUGAGGGAGAGGCGAUGCGAGCAAGAGCUGACAAGCAUAUGCAGCAUAUGGGCAACCGCUACAUAGAGCUGAUGGAAGCCAGACCCCAAGACAUCGACAUGUACUUUGCCGGCAGCAGACCUCCAACAGGCAAUGUUGUGCGAUGCCAGGGACUUCCAUUCUCUGCUUCAAAGAAAGAGUUCGAGGAGUUCUUUGCGGGCUUUGGGUUGACUGGCAGGUUUCACAUUCAGAAAGAUCCAUUCGGCUAUCCCACCGGCGUCGGACUUGUAGAAUUUACGUCCCAAGAAGAGGCGCAAAGGGCCAAAGCCGAGAAACACAUGCAGAAUAUGGGCAGCCGUUACAUCGAGCUGCUAGACGCACGCGAACAGGACGUUGAGCACUUUAGCGGUGGCAAGCCUUCCGCGGCCAGCCUGCUACGACUGCAAGGACUUCCAUUCUCUGCUUCGAAAAAGGAAAUUGAGGGAUUCUUUGCGGGCUAUUCGUUGACUGGCAAAGUGCAUAUAGAGAAGGAUGCCUUCGGGUAUCCCACGGGCAUCGGCCUCGUGGAAUUUACAUCCCAGGAAGAGGCCCAAAGAGCCAGAGCCGACAAACACAUGCAGAACAUGGGCAACCGUUACAUCGAGCUGUUGGACGCCCGGCCCCAAGACGUGGACAUGUUUGGCGGCGGCGGUGGCGGUCAAAAGGGCACGGACAGCAUGAUGGAGAUGAUGGCAUUGUUCAAGGCUUUCCAAAGCAAGGGUGGCGGCAAGGGAAAGGGCGGCGACUGGGGCUCAGGGGGCUGGGACAAGUCCAGGGCUCCGAGUGGCAAGGUGCUUCGAGUUCAGGGGAUCCCAUGGUCCACUUCCAGACAGGACUUGGAGCACUUUUUUGCCGGCUACGCGUUGUCUGGAAGACUUCACCUACAGGUUGAUGCUUCGGGGAGUCCAGCGGGCAUCGCUUUUGUGGAGUUCAGGUCAGAGUACGAGGCCAAGAGAGCCUUCAAUGAGAAGAACUUUCAGCACAUGGGUACCCGUUAUAUAGAGCUCAUGGAAGCUCGCCCCCAGGACAUUGAGAUGGCUUUCGGUGGCUGGAAAGGUGGUUAUGGAGCGAGAGCUGCUCCAUAUUGA